GUUUGAAUGAGUCUCGUCUGUGAACGAAGCUGAGCGGAGGGCACCGAGCACUGUCACUCUCCAGCCGGGCGGACACGGAUGAGGCGAGGCGUGGACUGCUCCGGGACUGGUGAGAAGUCGGGGAUGCGUGGAAUGUGAAGAGGUUGUGCUGUGAACGGAGUAAUCUACAAGGCUUAGAAAUGUCUCUGCUUUUGGAGCUUCUCAGACAACUCCUAGAAUAUCUGGGUAUCCCAGCUGAGCAGCUCGUGCCGGUAUGGGAACGGUUUACUCGCAGACGUAGCAUUGUCCGUGCUAUAGCAAAUCGCCUUCCUCCUGUGCUGUUUGAAGGCAUUGACAUACAGUGUAUCCAGGUUUUGGAAAGGAAGAACUAUGGCUGGACUCGUAGUGUGGUUCGAAUUAUUGGAACAUUGCUGCCAUUGGAACGAUGUCCUAGACCUCAUUUUCAGAAAGUCUUGGGACCUGGAGUGUUAGAAUCUGAAGAAUACGAGGCUAUGAAGAGAUCUGACAUCCCUUCUUUGGCAGAUGCCCCAUGUCUGUUGGAUGACAAUGUUAUGACUUACACCCGAUUUAGACAUGAUUUUCCAUCAAACAAGUCCAUGGGAGAAGUCCACUUAGCGGGACCCCCUAACACAGAUUCCGGAUUUCUGACUAUCGUGUCGGGCAACAGAGUGUCUGAGAUCAGUCUUCUUCCUGCAAAUGACCAUGCCUUUCAGAAAAUAGCAGCUUUAGAGGAUGAGCUGGUUCAGCUGCGAGCGCAGAUCGCUGGUAUUGUCGCCAUGCAAGAGUCAAAAGCCACACAGUCCUAUACAGAAUCAAUAUGCUCUGUUGGCAGCCCAAGUAAUGCCCUUCCACCUCCAUCUUUAGCUUCUACACCCCUUUCUGCACAAUUCUCCCAAUGUACAACACCAGCCCCACCGCCCCCUCCACCACCACCACCUCCAGCCCUUCCUUCUAACCUCAACUCUGCAAAAUCUGCCAUUAGUCUUAUAAAGGAACGUAAAGCUUCUCACAAGCGCAGCCCAAUGGAAAGAGAUGCUGUGGAUAAGCUUCCCAGUAUGAUGGAUGUUUUAAAAGGCAUAAAUACCAUCAAGCUUCGUACGGUUGAAAGAUCCCCCGGCGGCACACCCUUAACCCGGAAAGACAAGAAGAGACGUUCUCUCAAUGAUCCAACAGACCCGGCAGCUAUUAUAGCCCGCGCUUUAAAGCAGAAGUUUGCACACAGGCAUAAAGAUGACUCGUACGAUAAAGAAAAUAGAUCUUACGAGGACUCUCCGUUCUCUAGUCCUGAAACCCCAAUGUUUGGGCGCCACCUGCUAAAGCCUGUGGGGAAAAGAACACAGAGAGAACUUACAAGUAGGCAAGUCCAUGCGUGACGUGACGGAACCUGUUUUGGAAGUUUUUUGGGAAAAACGUGUGAAUAUCUAUUAUUGCAACUAGCACAGCAUAAUGGGCAACUCCAUUAUUUUUUUUAUUCAUUGAAGCCAGGGGAUUCUUUUUGAAGUUCAUUUUACUGUAAAAGUCUGUUGGUUGAGUUGAUUUAGUGUACAAAGGCUUUUCUUAAAGUUGAAUUCUGAUAGCCUAUUAUGGGUAAGCUAUGGCAUAAAUGUCUGAUCUGCUGGGGUUCCACUAAUCAGAAGUAGUCACGAUCACGAGAGUGAGGUGCCCUGAGUCUCUCGUUUGAAUCGAGUGAUGAUCUAUUCAUUCUUAAUGGCACUGCCCACCGGCUGUCUACAUGAAAAUAAAUGGGGCUGCAGCGCCAUUCAACAAUUAAACCUGUAUUGCCUAUCCUGUGGAUAGAUGAACCGUAAUGAUUGGACAACCCCUGUAAAUGUACAGCAAAAAAGAUUGUCAAGCCCUAUAGACCUUUGUAAAAAUGCUUGCAUCGUCUCUGCUUCUUCCAAUUUUAUCAGCAGACCAUUUCUCCAUAAACGUAAGAGCAUCACCUCCCUCAGCGUGUUCAGGCACACCAAUUAUUCUGACAUUAUUAGGUCUCGGUCUGUUCUCAAGAUCAUCAGAUUUAGAUAUAAGUAGUGAGACGUUGUGUAUUACACACUGAAGGUCUCUUUUUUACAGGCGGUACCUGAUCCUCCAUUAUACUUAGUUGGGGGAGCAGUUCCACACAGGAUAGUGGCAAGUUGUCCAGCAAAACAGCAGGUAACCGGAGAAUAUACAGGAGACUUGGCCAGGACCUCCACACCAUGCUUCUGCUUACAUGCCCGGUCAGGCCAUGCCCCCCGUAGUCUCUUACAUUUUAGAGUAGUAAUGGGGUACACGGAAUCCAUCAUUUUUCCAAUUGCUGUAUGUCUUGGUGACGGUUCCCCCAGACAGUAUGCCAUUUGCUAUGAAUAGGUUACUUGCCAAAAUACCCUUUUAAAGGGAGUCUGUCACCACAUUUUAG